AUGCAGAGAGCCAUUUUACUCAAGAAUAAGACUGCUCAACAGGAUAAAUACGAAAUUGAAUUUCAAUCGAACGGUUUCGAGCCUGUCUUCAUCCCAUUGAUCUCACAUACGCAUAUUCCUCAAGGAUUAUUGAAACUGCUAGAAGACGAUGCUUAUUUGAAGGAUUUACAAGAUAUCAUUGUAACAUCUCAACGAACAGUUGAAUGCCUUUAUGAAUCAGUUUUACCUCAAUUGCAUGCAUCAACAAGGCAACUUUUCCUCGAGAAGACCGUCUAUGCUGUUGGUCCUAGUACCAAAGACUUUUUAAUACGUAUCGGAUUUAAAAAUGUAAAAGGUGGUGAAGAUGCUGGUAACGGCAGCAUUUUAUCAGAUAUCAUAAUUUCAGACUAUCGUGAGCAAGGUAAGAAUUCGGAACCUUUAUUAUUGGUGGGUGAAAUUAGAAGGGACAUAAUACCCAAGAAAUUAUCAAGUAAUGGUAUUCAAGUUAAAGAAGUCAUCACUUACAAGACUGAAAAUUUACCUGAUAAUUUGACAAGAUUCCAGGCAAUGGCAAGGGAAAAUAGUUGGGUAGUUUUCUUUAGUCCUCAAGGAACUGAAGAAAUUAUAGAAUCUAUCAAAAACGGUAGUAAUCAUAGAGUCGCCAGCAUCGGUCCUACCACAGAAGAAUUUCUACAGAGAAAAGGUCUUGAACCUGACGUGGUGAGUCUGAAACCUGAUGAACGAAAUUUGGUAAAUGCAAUUCUAUCCAUUUAG